AUGGUUCAUGUUUCUUCUCCUUUGAUCAUCAGCGUCGCCGUGCUGGCGUCUCUGGGACUUGGUCAUCCCGGACACGAUGUCAAGCAUGAAGCUGCUGAACGGGCAGCGUUCCUCAAGCGUGCACCUUUGGAGUCACGCAGCCUCGCUCAAUGUGCUUCCACCCUCAAGGCUCGUGGAGUUGAGGAUAGUAAUGUCGCUCGGCGUGCGAAUGCCCUUCAGCACUUGCGUCGGGAGAGGGGAAUGUCCAGCACUCAAUACCUCAAGGCUCGUGAUCUGGACUCGGUCCUCGCCACUGAUCACCAUUCCAACUUGACCGGUGUCAACCCAUCAACUGAUCCAAGUGUCCUCUUCGCAUCCGGCGGCACCUGCAUCGUCCAGCCCGAAGUGACUCAGGGUCCUUACUACAUCGCCGGAGAGCUCAUCCGCCGCAACGUGGCCGAGGACCAGGCCGGUGUGCCCUUGUUCAUGGAUAUCCAGCUUAUUGAUACCAAUACCUGCGAGCCUCUGCCCAACAUCUACACGGAUAUCUGGCAUUGCAACGCAACCGGUGUCUACUCCGGUGUAGUUGAGAGUGGUAACGGAAACACCAACGACCAAGGCAACAUCAACACGACCUUCCUGCGCGGCGUCCAGCCCAGCGGACACGACGGAGUCGUGCGUUUCGAAUCGAUUUUCCCCGGGCAUUAUGCUGGCCGAGCGGUUCACAUUCAUGUCGUCACCCACCCCGCCAACGAAACCAAAAUCCUUCCCAAUGGCACCAUCGCCGGCAUGUACGACAGCCACUCCUCGCAUGUGGGCCAGAUCUUCUUCGACCAGGACCUAAUUACCGAGGUCGAGAAGACGAGUCCCUACUCGACCAAUACCCAGAGUCUGACUGAGAACGCCGACGACUCCAUUCUGCAAACGGAGGCAGACACGACUGACCCGUUCAUGGAGUAUGUUCUUCUCGGUGACAAUGUCUCGGACGGUAUCUUCGCUUGGAUCUCGAUCGGAGUGAAUGCCAAGCGCGAUGACUCGCUGUCUCCUGAGGGGUACUGGACUGAGAAUGGAGGUGAGGUCAAUGAUAAUUUUGAGAUGAACAUGGCCGGUAUGGGAGACAUUGCUGCGGCAAUUCCGAGCACGAGUGCAUCUGCUGCUGCUACGGGUUCUGCUUAG